GCAGCUGUUUCACUUGUCACGCAUUACACUUUGUUUUUGGAACGGGCUAGAAAUAUCUCAAAUAUUUAUUGUGCACAAAUUUACGCAACAAAUAUAGGUGUGGAGUCGUGUAUUUAAUUAAUAAUUAUUAUUUUAAGCAAAUGGCCACAGCAAAUAGAUUAGGCAAAAGCCUGCAAAGACUUUUCGUGGGAAAUCUGCCGUGGACGGUGGGACAUCAGGAAUUGCGUGCUUAUUUUAAGGAAUUUGGACGCGUCGUCUCCGCGAACGUAAUAUUUGAUAAGAAGACAGGUUGUUCACGUGGGUACGGUUUCGUUGUGUUCACUGAUAUUACGCCACUAGAGAAGAUUGAGAGCGAACAAAAGCACGUGCUUGAGGGCAAUUAUUUAAACAUUCAAAAGUCAUAG